AACUACACACAGCGUAAAAAUACCUAAAAUUGACAACUGUAGAUUUAAUCUUGGCUUCUCCAUAUCCACGUUGGAACUUAUUUUGUAUGAGACGUAGCGUCGGAUUUUGCAGCGCAUGUUUUACUUUGAAUGUGAUAUCUGGUGUUAUUCUGUCUAUCUUGACGGCGCUGGUGGAAGUACUGAACCAAGUUGCUGCUCGCUGGUGCCAACGCCCGGCGAAAAUAGACAGCUAACGUUAGCGAGCGGAGAUACGGAGGGACACUGCUAACGUUUUUGCCAGCUCAAUCCGAAAGCACUGAGAUGCAGACUAUCAAAUGUGUGGUGGUGGGUGAUGGAGCAGUGGGGAAAACCUGCCUAUUGAUUUCAUACACCACCAAUAAAUUCCCCUCUGAGUAUGUACCGACAGUGUUUGACAACUAUGCAGUAACUGUUAUGAUCGGGGGUGAACCAUACACCCUUGGCUUAUUUGAUACAGCAGGUCAGGAGGAUUAUGACAGGUUACGACCACUAAGCUACCCACAGACAGAUGUCUUCUUAGUCUGUUUCUCAGUUGUUUCACCUUCCUCGUUUGAGAAUGUUAAAGAAAAGUGGGUUCCUGAAAUAACUCACCACUGUCCCAAGACCCCGUUUCUGUUGGUAGGCACUCAGAUCGACCUGCGUGAUGACCCCUCCACAGUGGAGAAAUUAGCCAAGAACAAACAGAAGCCAAUCACCCCUGAGACGGCAGAAAAGCUGGCUCGCGACCUUAAGGCAGUCAAAUAUGUCGAGUGCUCAGCCCUAACACAGAAAGGAUUAAAGAAUGUGUUUGAUGAGGCAAUACUGGCUGCCCUGGAGCCUCCUGAACCUAAGAAAAGACGUAAAUGUGUUCUGCUCUAAGUUUCGUCGCAGCCUUCUCCACACCAGUUUCCAAAUCUAGGUUAACAGUACUGAAGAGGUUUCCUGCAAAAGCACAUUCCAGCAUGAGUUGAGAUAUCAUGAAAUAUUUGCCAUCUGACUGACUUAACCCAAAUACGUAGUCAAUGUGCUGAACGUGAUUUUAAGACUAAGUAACAUUUGAUGCUGUUUGUAAUCACAUUUCAUUUGAUACCACUGAAAUGGUCUUACACGAUGUGAACACUGAAUGCUUAAAGUAUAUCAACAAACUGUGGGCAACAUUAAAUAAUAUUUCAGCUUGACCACAUUAUGUUUAGAGUUUAUUUUUACAGAAGUGCUAUUCCGAAAGAACGCACUAUGAGAUGGUAUUUUAGUGGGUAUAACUUUUGUAUCGAGUGCCCUGUAAAACACAAACAAGCUUAAAAUGAUGGGUUAGUGAGAUGCUCAAAUUCUGUAUUUGUGGGAGUUACAUGUUUCUUAUUUUCCAAAAAAGUUCCUUUAAGUUAAUCAUUUAUACUAUAUGUUCAGCCCUGAAAUGCAAGACUGCCUUUGGUCAACACUGCGUUUUCCUUCCAUCACUGAUAUAGAUCCGGCUAAAGUCAUAGAACUCAAAUAUUUUGUUUUCCAGGCGUUUUUUAAGAAUUGACACAAUUUUCAAAGGGUUAGUAUGAGUCACUGUGUUUCACUCAAUGUCACUGUCAACAUAAUUCCCUUGUCAGAUCUAAGAACGAUCUGACAUAAUAUGGCAUUUCUAGGCUAUGCGCCAUUGCUGUUCUAGUUUGCCUAAAGAAAAUCUGAUAAAUUGACGCCUGACAAAGCAGAGAACCCACAGAGGCUGACAGACAAGCAGGAAAUGUAUGAAGCUUGAGUUUUAAAUACAAUGUGAACAUUCCAUUGGAAGUCAUCUAUCACAAAUGGCCAAUUCAAGUAACUACAUGCAAGGAGUUUGAGCACAAUUUCCCAGUCAUUUGCUUUUUGUGAGGUAUGCAUUAACAACAAGGUGAUGUGUAUGCCCUUAACACUUAAAAGCUGCAAUAGCAGAACUUUGUCUGAGCAUUUCAGCUUGUAACCCAAGGCUAAUAUCUUAUUUUGUAAACUGAACACAUUUGCUGCUACACUGCAGUAUCAUAAAGUCAGAUAGCAACACAUUGUGAGUUCUUAUAAAAUGCUAUACUUAGUUUGAGAUCCUGUGAAGAUUGUGAAGAUGACUGAACUAGUACUAUUUGCAUUUGUCUUUUACUAUCCAUGACUAGAUGGUGGGCUUGAAAUUGAUUUGUAAAUAUAGUGAGAAUAUACUUAUUGACUGAAGAAAUUGUGUGCAUUACUGAUACUGAGAUUUAAAGGAGCUGACAUGACACUGAAAUCACAUUAACCAGGAAAAUUACUGAGUUUAGUGGACUUAUUCAAUUUGACAUCAAAGUUGUACUGUAUCUUGCUUGUGAUAAAGCAUCACAAUAAACCAGUAUUACCAGUAUUAUGAAUAAACCUAACCUCAAAUACUA